AUGGAGGGUGCGCUUGACGCAGUGGACUCCACCCAUGGUUUCCAGCGACUGCCGGAUGUGAGGACAGUAAAGCCACGGGAACCAGACAUCGACAGUGACGACGUGCCAGCGAUACUUACAAUCAAAGCUUUGCAGCCUGAGGCAUCAAACACCUCGUCCCUGCAUUUUCCAGUUGGCAUCGAUGGCAUCGCAGCCGGCGAGCCAUUCGAGCACCUGUCGGAAGAGUUUCAGAAGUUGCUCGAUCAGCUGGUGCAGCAGCACAUGCGCGAGGUUUCGCGGGCUGAGCUCGAGGUAGAGGCUCUCCGGCGUGAGGCAGUCGACAGGGCCAAUCAGCCUUAUGAUCACUGCGAGGUGGGGUCUGCCGUGACAGUGCGAACGAUAGGCUCCAAGGGCUCUACUAACAGGGGCUCUCCUGUGCUGCAGCCCGGUUCGAAGGGAAAGCGGCGUACAUCCCAAGGCGGCCACGGCCCCAGCCUGCACGCCAGCGAGCUGCUGGGGGUCUGGGACGCGACGGAGGAAGAUGAGACAGACCUUGAGAAGUUCUUCAAAGGGAAGUCGAAGUCCGACGUUUCUAGCAAGCUGCUGAGGAGUGAAAGUGAUUCGGCGGAGUCCAAGUCCGAAUCGGUUCUGGCCGCCGAGUACCACAGGAAGUCGAUCAUCGAAAAGUUGCGUGAGUGGCUUCAGUCGAACAAAUAC